CCAUUUUUUUCACGCUUUGUGUAAAAAGUGGAAAAGGCAGAAAAGUCUAAAAACAGAUUAAAAAGAGUUGUAAAAGUCUUGGGAUACUUGCGAAAGUAUGCAAUAUUGAAAUUAGUGCGUGUUCGAAUUGUGUGAAACCAACAAUUGAACAUGGAAACUGUUGUGGCUUUCAACAAUGAGCUCUCCGGACUCUAUGACAGCCGACCGCCCAUAUCCAAGGCUAAGAUGGCCGCAAUUACCAAGUCGGCAAUGCGAGCCAUCAAGUUCUAUAAGCAUGUCGUCCAGAGUGUGGAGAAGUUCAUACUGAAGUGCAAGCCAGAGUACAAGGUGCCGGGACUGUAUGUUAUCGAUUCAAUUGUGCGUCAAUCGCGCCACCAGUACGGGCCCGAGAAGGAUGUAUUCGCGCCCCGCUUCCAGCGCAACCUCACAGAGACCUUUGCCAAUCUCUUCCGAUGCGCUCCCGAGGACAAGAGCCGCAUCAUCCGCGUUCUCAAUCUCUGGCAGAAGAACAACGUCUUCAAGUCGGACGUCAUCCAGCCCAUCUUCGAUCUGGCCGAUCCCAAUCAUCCCAUCUACCAUCAAAUGCAAAUGCAAAUGCAGAUGGGCGGUGGCGGCGGACCCGGUGGAAAUGUGGGGCCUGGUCCCAGCAGCAGUGGAGCGCUAAGCCUGGCCGAUAUCUCCAGCGGGCCGAAUGGACUCAACACCUCUGGACUGAGCCAAAUGGACCUGAGCAUGAACAGUGGCCAGGGAGACGACAAGAUGGGCGGGGUGCCCGAUUUAUCGAUGGGUCAUGAGAAAUCCUACGGUGGCGGUGUCAGCAGCAGCAGCUCAAAGCGUCAUCACUCGGAACAGCAUUAUAUGAAGCGUCAGUCGGGAUCGUCGAGCAAGUCGCAUCAUCACAAAUACAGCAAGAGCUCGCAUGAGAUCGACUACGAUGUGCGCUCGAUCAUGGACGAUGAGGAGGACAAUAUGCAGCGAAUGAUGGCCGAUGAUCAUCAUCAUCAUCAUCACCAUCACUGCAUGGGCGACGACUCGCCCCCGACAUCAUCCAAUUUGCUAGACAACAACAAUCUGAAGCAGCUACUCAAUGAUCCGAAUGUGCUGCGGCAGCUGCAAACUCUGCAGAAUUUCCAGAAGUUCAAGCAACAGGAGGAGAAUCAAAAGAUGCGCUACCAGGAUGAUGCCCUGCAACAGCAUUUGCAGAACGUCCUGAAGGGCACUGCUGGCAUGCCUCCUGGCAUGGGUAUGGGCAUGGGCAUGAACCUCAACCACAGUGAUGGGCAGGACAUGAACAAGGACGUGGAGUUCAUCUCGGAGCAGCAGUCGAUUGAGGUGAUCAAUCUGGAUGGGGCCGAUUCGCGUAGUCCAACGCCCGACCGGGAGAGGUACAAGCGUAGCCGGAGGAACAGUCGCAGUCGAACUCGCUCCCCACGCGGACGUGGCACAGGAGGCGGCGGCGGUGGAGGCGGUGGCGGCAAUGGCAACGAUCGACGUCGCCGCGGAUCCCGAUCGCGCAGUCGUUCACCUCGUUCCAGUCGCCGGCGAGGAUCAAGGGAUCGUGAUCGCAUGGAUCGCAACAAUCGGGACAAGGAGCGUGACCGAGAGCACGAGCGUGAGCGACGCAAGAAGGGGCUGCCCGAUAUUAAGAAGGAUCACCUCAGUGUUUGCAGCACCACCUUGUGGGUGGGUCAUCUGUCCAAGCUAGUCUAUCAGGAAGAGCUGUCGGACACCUUUGGGGAGUACGGUGACAUAGUGAGCAUCGAUCAGAUUGUGCCACGCGGAUGCGCUUUCAUUGUGAUGAAUCGUCGCCAGGAUGCACACAAGGCGAUGCAAGCGUUGAAGAAUCACAAGCUACAGGGCAGGGCCAUAACCAUCUCAUGGGCCGCCGGCAAGGGGGUGAAGAGCAAGGAGUGGAAGGACUUUUGGGACCUGGAGCUGGGCGUCACGUAUAUACCCUGGAACAAGCUGAGUCCCGAGACGGAUCUCGACACCCUCGAGGAGGGCGGCAUGUUCGACGAGGACACCAUGCCCAGCUGGAUCAAGCAGAAGAUCAAUCAGGCCAAAAAUGUCGGCAAGGAGAAGAACUCGGCGUCCACACCAGAGACCGCUACGGGGGCUGUGCCAGGGCCUCCACCAGGAAUGAUGUUCGGCAUCGAUACAACGCAGCCGCCGCCAGUGGGUCCAGUUGGUCCACCACCGCACGGUCCUGGCGCACCGCCACCGCCAGCACUCAUGGGCAUGGUGAGGGGACAAUAUCCGAUGGCUCCGCCCAUGGGGAUAGGCAUGCCGCCACCGAUGAUGAUGCCACCGACAAAUAUGCCACCACCGAUGAUGAUGCCCACGACAAACAUGCCGCCACCAAUGAUGAUGCCCCCUGGCAUGAUGCCGCCCGGCUUUCCAGGCAUGGGUGGACCUCCUCAUCCAAUUGGUAUGCCUCCCGGAGGCCCCUUCCCGCCGCCCGGUACAGUGCCUCCUCCCAUGGCAGGCGGCGCCCCAACCUCGGGCAGCAGUGGCAACAUAAGCGACGAUCAAAUGGACAUUGAAAUGGAACUGGAGGAUGCCCCGCCCCCUAUGCCGCCCCAGCAGCAGGCCAGCUUCAAUCCGCCCAUGUCCAAUCCAAACAAUGUGGAGGCGGUGGUGGCUGCCGCGGCCAACGAGAUGUUCCAGCGGGAACGGGAGCGUUCCCGUGGCCCCGGGGGCGGUGGCUCACGUUGGGGCGGACGCGAUGACGUGGCCGAGGCUGCCGAACGCUGGAGAGCCGAAAAUGGCGGUGGACCUGGACCUGGAGCUGGACCAAAUGCCGCAUUCAAUGAGGCGCGAGCUCGGCUCAACCUGAAUCCCCUAGAGCAUGGAAUGCAAAGACCAGACUUUAUGGGCGUGGACUUUGAUAAUCGCGGUGGACCAGGUCCACGUGGAAUGGGGCCACGCAGUGGGAACCUGAAUGGAGGCGGAGGACCAGGCGGAGACUUCUUCUCGCCCAACAUGAACAACAGCCGAUUCAAUCAGCCCACCAGCUUGAUGCAGAUGCGUAUACCGCCGCCGGCGGCCUUCAAUCAGCGCAUGGGUGGUCCCAAUCCCAAUCCCAGCAAUGCUGGUAAUGGCGGCGCCGUGGGACCCAUGUUCAUGCGCAAUCAGGGCGGUGCCGUUUCCGUUGGUGUGGGCGGCCCCUGCGGUGCACCCGGUGGACGACAACAGGGACAGGGACCAGGCUUCUUCAAUCCCCGGAACCCCUUCAAUGAUAAUCAACGGGGACGCGGCGGCCCUGGUGGUGCAGGCGGUGGUGCUGUCGGCCGUGGAAUGGGAGGUGGAGGUGUCGGCGGCCGAGGACGCUGGAGCGACGAUGAGGAGGAAGGCGGCAACAAUUUCAAUAAGCGCCGCGCCGGUCCUGGAGGUCCUGGCGGUAAUCGCUUCCGUGGAGACCGAGCAGGCGACAAUCCUGACGAGCGCCGCGGCAACAAUGCACGUGGCGGACGCGGACCGAGAGAAGAACGUGACCGUCCAGGCUUUGGUAAUAGACGCAGCUCGCGUGACGACAGUAGUCGCCAUUCGAUAAGUUCCACGGAUGAAGCAAGCAGCAAGCCCAUAUCGGAGCCGGAAUCCAAGGAAAAGCAUCCGGAGACGGCUGCAUCCAGCACCAAUUCAUUGUCAGUGCCAACGCCAACGCCAGCCACAGCCACUGCCACUGCCACAGCGACUGCUGAUGGGGCAGACACGGAGGAGGACUGGGACCGUGAGCUGCAGGACUAUGAGGCGAGAAUGGAGGCGGAGCAGGCAGCUAAGGCCGGGCGAGGUGCCCCAGAGGACACUCCAGCUACUGAAGAGCAAACUACAGGCUCUCGGUCGCCGGUGGAGGAUUUCGCGAGGCCAGCAGAAGUGUCGAGCGAGAUGCCGGCACAAAAACAAACAGAUGCUUCACCCGCCUGCACGCCUCUCUACGAUGAGCUGCCACCACCCUCAGCACCAGUCCCAGCCGCAGCGCCCGCUGAGCCCGAAAGCAGAGUGGAGGCAGCUGCAGAAGCAGAAGUAGCCGCUCCACAGAUCCCUGAAUUUAUUCGCACCGAGGCUGGGCCCAAAGACGAACCCCCUCCAGCACCAGCUCCCGCUCCGGAAACACAAGAAGAAGCCCCACAAAUGGAGGCUACACAGACAGAAGCUCCAUUGACGGUGGAGUCAGGUGGCGAACAAGCAGCAGUGGCUGUCGAGGCUGAAGCAUAGAUAACGGCAGAGCAGCAGGAACAAAAGGAUUAUUGGAUGAAUUCUGAUUGAAUUACUCUCAAGAAAAUUGUAACCUAUGAUUUUCCUUACCGAGUAACCCACACAUGUGUAAAAUCCCAUACAUACGAACCCAUUUCAAUCUUUAAAACCUGAGAUUUCGUGGCAUUUCACGUACUUUAAGCUGAGCGCCAGCAAACAAGAAUUUUUGGUUUGGUGAAUCACUCUCUACUCGUACAAUAGGAAUACAAUAGGAAGGAACUCCGCAUGGACCGGAGCGCAGGAUGACUACGUGGACUAAAUUCACACACGGAUAUAGAAAAUAAUUAGCAAAAGCAGGAGAGAAUGUGAGAGUUUGGACGGACGCAAAGGACAGGAAAGAUAUUGACAGAACAACGCAGAAGCGGAAACAAAUCGGCAAUCGCAGAUAACUUGAAGUGUUUAUAAUUUUGUUAUGUAUUUAGUUUUAAGGGUCUAUUUAACACUCGGAUUGUUUAUAACGCGCAGAUUCUAGGUACAUAAUUGUGUACAAUUCAAACACAAUUAUAUUAUAUAUCAAUACUAUUAAAAACAACAAAA